GUAUCUGGCCCACCAAGCUUGAAGCCCAGAUAGACGGGAGUCCAAGGCCUUUCGCAGCCCUCCUGAGUCUCGAUCCUUCUAUAGAAUUCUAUUCUCCGCUCGCCAAUAAAAAGUGCUCCCUCACUCACAAUCCUGACGGCUGCAAUCUGGGAGCACGCUAGGGCAUUGAAGAAACUUCAAGGUUACAUCAAGUUUGGGACUUAAGACCUUUUGGCUGGAAGAAUGGCCAAGCAUCAUCCUGAUUUAAUAAUGUGCAGGAAGCAGCCAGGUAUCGCCAUUGGACGACUAUGUGAGAAAGAUGAUGGCAAGUGCGUAAUUUGUGACUCCUAUGUGCGCCCUUGCACACUUGUGCGAGUUUGCGAUGAAUGCAACUACGGAUCCUUUCAGGGUCGAUGUGUCAUCUGUGGAGGAGUGGGAAUCUCUGAUGCCUAUUAUUGCAAGGAGUGCACACAGCAGGAGAAAGAUAGAGAUGGCUGUCCAAAAAUUGUCAAUUUGGGGAGUGCCAAGACGGACCUGUUCUAUGAGCGUAAAAAGUAUGGUUUUAAGAAGAGGUGAUAGUAUUGCACGAUUGUCUUCCUAGUCUUUUCAGUUACCAUUAUGUAUUAGUAAUAUGCUUGGAGAUACCAUAUUUCAGAAUGGUGGAAUGUCGUCGUGGGUCCAUUAGUUUCGGGUGUUUUUCUCUUAAAAAUGAUUGUGUGGAUGGUGAUGGUGCAGUUAACUCUUACUUAUCUGAAUGGGAACCUUCUUGUUGUUGAAUUUGCA